AACGAUUUGAAGGAUGAUUAUGAAGAAUUAAUUCAACCUAUCUUGGAUGCGCACCCUUACAUCUUUGUUCGUGCAGAAAAGAACGACCCUUAUUCCUUUGAUGAAUUUCUGCGGGUCUCUUCUUUGAUAUCCUCUAGAGCAUUUGAAGUAGACGCCUAUCAUGAAAAUGCAUUAGUGCCUUUUGCCGAUUUAUUUAAUCAUCGUAGCGAAGGUGAACAUGUGCAUUUUGAGACCGAGUAUGGCGUCUGUGAUGCAUGUGGUUUAAUGUAUUGCGAACAUAGAUAUUUCGACUUUAUGGAAGAGGGGGCCGAAAGCAAAGAUAAUGCUCCCUCAAAUGAAGAAGACGAAGAUGAAUGGGAAGAUGAGGAAGACGACGCAGAAAGCAUGGAAUUGGACACUGAAUUGCCAGAUCUUGAAAAGAUGGAAGAAGAGGGUAUCAAUUUCUACGAUUCAGACGAUGGCUCAGACGAGGAGGAUGAAGACACUUGCGAUAUGGUACUUGAUCGCGACAUCAAGAAGGGCGAGGAAGUGUUCAAUACUUACGGUGACCAUCCUAAUAUUGCUUUGCUAAGCAAAUAUGGUUUCUGCUACGAUGAUAAUAAGAACGAUUAUCUUUCGAUUGAUGAAAAUACGAUUGCCGAAUGUUGUAUAGGUUUGCACACAGAAGCGCUGAAAGAAACGAUGCCUAACGCCUCAGAAGAUGAACUUCAGAAGAAAGCCGUUGAGUUAGUUAGACCUCGCUGGGAAUUUUUCAUGAACAAUGAGCAUAUACUUUGCCCGGACCCUAACGCAGAGGACAUUCAAGAUGACUUUGAAGAUGAGGAUCAUCACGAUCACACCCAUUGUGACCAUGACCAUGAUCAUGAGAACGGUCAUGUUCACGGAGAAAACUGCGAUCCUAGUCAUGACGACGAUCAUACUGAUGGAGAAGAGGAGGAGGAUGAAGAGCAUGCAGUUGAGAGAUCUCCCCCUUACUAUAUCAAUUGGGAAGGUCUUUUCGAAGAUAAGGUCAUGUGCUGUCUUCAUAUUAUGUUUGUAAAUAACGAAACAUUUGCGGAUUUCGUGGAAAAUACGGAUAACGCUGUGAAAUACUUUGAAGACCUCUCCAAUAGUCAAGGACAAGCCAAAACGAAAGCACUGAUUCAAGUAAAGAGCAGUGUUUAUAAAGCGUGUCGAGCACUUGCCGAAAUCAGAAAGCUUGAAUACGAAGAAAACGGCGAAUGGAAGUCAGUAAAAGAGGAAACCAAGGAACGUGAUGAAUUGAUGUACCCCACUGAUAAUGUAACGAAAUACUAUGCACUGACAUGCCGCAUUGGCGAAAAGAAAAUAAUUGAAAAAUGUAUAGCGUACUAUAGUAAAAUGGUGAAGGAAUGGAGUGGCAACGGUCCCACUACGAACAAGAACAAGAAGAAGCCAGCAAAGAAGAACAAGAAAGCGAGAUACUAA